UAAAGUCGCUGGCACUAUUUACAGAAAUUUUACAAAGGCUGGACCUAAACCGCCCUUUUUCGACAUCUGAGAAAAUCGGAACAUGCAUAUAAAACAGAUUAUAAUUCAAGGAUUUAAGAGCUACAAGGACCAGACGGUGGUCGAGCCCUUUGACAAGAGGCAUAAUGUUGUAGUUGGCAGAAAUGGAUCUGGAAAGAGCAAUUUCUUUUAUGCGAUACAGUUUGUUUUAAGUGAUGAAUUUACCCACUUACGACCAGAGCAACGCCAGGGUCUACUGCACGAAGGAACUGGAGCCAGAGUGAUAUCGGCCUACGUUGAAAUAAUAUUUGAUAAUUCUGAUAACAGAGUACCAAUUGAUAAGGAGGAAAUAUAUUUGCGACGUGUUAUUGGAGCUAAAAAGGACCAGUAUUUUCUGAAUAAGAAAGUUGUUCCACGAACUGAAGUUGUAAACUUAUUGGAAUCUGCUGGAUUUUCCAAUUCCAAUCCUUAUUAUAUUGUAAAACAAGGCAAAAUUAAUCAAAUGGCUACUGCAGCCGAUUCAUACAGGUUAAAAUUGUUGCGUGAAGUAGCUGGAACCCGAGUGUACGACGAAAGAAAAGAAGAGUCUCUUAACAUAUUGCGAGAAACAGAAGGUAAAUUGGAAAAGAUUUCCGAAUAUCUUAAAACUAUCGAGGAUCGACUUAAAACUCUUGAGGAGGAAAAGGAAGAACUCAAAGAAUAUCAAAAGUGGGAUAAAGCGCGACGCACGCUUGAAUAUAUUAUUCAUGAAACGGAGUUGAAGGAUACAAAAAAGGCUUUGGAUGAAAUACAGCAACAACGAAAGUCCUCUUUCGAUAAGAAGAAAGUUUACAACAUUGAGAUUCAGAAGGCACAAGAGAAAAUUAAAGAAAUUCAGAAGAACUUGAAGGAUGCUAAGAAAAAUGUUUUGAGUACCAAAGAAGAGCGAUCUAUACUUCUAACAGAACAGCAACAACUGUUGCGUGAAAAGACCAAAUUGGAUCUAACUAUUGUCGAUCUGAACGAUGAAGUACAGGGUGACAACAAGUCCAAAGAGCGUGCAGAUCAAGAAUUGAAGAAACUGAAAGUAACUAUCAGCGAAAAAGAAAGAGAACUUGAGGAAGUUAAACCAAAAUAUGAAUCAAUGAAACGCAAAGAAGAGGAAUGUUCACGGGAACUGGCUCUAAAAGAACAAAAAAGAAAAGAACUUUAUGCAAAACAAGGUCGAGGUUCUCAAUUUUCUUCACGAGAGGAACGCGACCGUUGGAUUCAAAAUGAAUUGAAAUCAAUCAGUAAACAAAUUAAAGACAAAAUAAACCAUCAUUCAAAAUUGGUAGAAGACCUCAAAAAGGACGCCAAUGCAGAAAAGGACCUAGGAAAAAGAAUUGAAGAACACUCAACAGAACUGGAACAACUUCGAUUUCAAAUAGAUGAACAUAAUAAAAAAUACUAUGAACUUAAGAAGACCAAGGACGUUUAUCAGGCAACAAGAAAUGAGUUAUGGCGCAAGGAAACCCAAAUGACACAACAAUUACAAUCACAUAAGGAGGAACUUUCUAAAACCGACCAAGCUUUACGUAGUAUGGCAGGCAAGCCCAUCUUAAAUGGCCGUGAUUCUGUUCGGAAAGUUUUAGAUACGUUUCUUGAAAAAGGUGGCCCAUGCUCAGAAAUUGCAAAUGCCUAUUACGGCCCAGUUAUUGAAAACUUUAGUUGCGACAAGACUAUAUAUACGGCAGUGGAAGUAACUGCCGGAAAUAGGCUUUUUCAUCAUAUCGUUGAGUCAGAUAAAGUUGGAACACAAAUCUUAAAGGAAAUGAAUAAGCUAAAGUUACCCGGUGAAGUAACAUUUAUGCCUUUGAACAGACUUCAAGUGAAAAAUCAUGACUAUCCCGAUGAUCCAGAUUCAAUUCCCAUGAUUUCUAAACUUAAAUAUGACGAGCAACACGGAAAAGCUUUAUGUUAUAUAUUUGGAAAGACCUUAAUAUGCAGAAAUCUAGAAAGGGCUACAGAGUUGGCAAAAAGCACAGGUUUGGAUUGUGUAACAUUGGACGGCGACCAAGUUUCAUCGAAAGGAUCCCUCACCGGGGGUUAUUUCAAUACAUCCAGAUCACGCCUUGAAAUGCAAAAGAAACGUACGGAAUUAACAGCACAGAUUCGCGAUUUUGAGAAGGAACUUAAUAAAAUUCGCAACGAAUUAAAACAGAUUGAAAAUAACAUUAAUGCUGUCGUAUCGGAAAUGCAAAAAACUGAAACGAAGCAAGGAAAAUCGAAGGAUAUUUUUGAGAAGGUUCAAGGUGAGAUUCGGCUAAUGAAAGAGGAGCUGGUGAGAAUUGAGAAAUAUCGAACGCCAAAAGAGCGUUCACUGGCUCAAUGUAAAUCAAGUCUAGACGCUAUGAACAGCACAAAAUCCGGGCUUGAAGUUGAACUAAACCAAGAAUUAUUGUCUACACUAUCCGUGCAUGAUCAAAAAGAAAUCGAUCAGCUCAAUGAAGAUAUAAGAAAAUUAAAUCAGGAAAAUAAGGAAGCGUUCACUCAACGUAUGCAACUUGAAGUUAUAAAAAACAAACUGGACAAUCUUCUGGUCAACAACUUAUUUCGAAGAAGAGACGAGCUUAUUCAAGCACUUCAGGAAAUAUCCGUAGAGGACAGGAAAAGGAAACUAUUAAACUGCAAAACAGAACUCGGUGCUGCUGAGAAACGAAUAAAAAAAGUUAAUCAAGACUUGGAGGACACAGAAAAAAGGGUACAGGAAGCAGUACAUUUGCAAAAGUCAUUACAAGUAGAUCUAGAAAACUGUAUAAAAACGGAAAAGGAUAUUGAGGAAAAAAUUAAUGAGGAUUCAAAAAAGGUUGAAAAGUGGGCAGCUAAAGAGAAUCUUCUCAUUCAAAAAAUUGAUGAAUAUACAGAAAAAAUUGCACAUUUGGGAGCUUUGCCGCAAACAGAUCAGAUAUAUGCAAAGAUGUCGCUAAAGAACCUUUUUAAAGAACUAGAAAAGGCAAAUCAACAUCUCAAAAAGUACAAUCAUGUUAAUAAAAAAGCACUGGACCAAUUUGUAAGCUUCUCAGAGCAAAAAGAAAGAUUGUAUAAACGAAAAAAGGAAUUGGAUGUUGGAGAUGAAAAAAUACGAGAGCUGAUGCAAUCACUUGAAAUGCAAAAGGUUGAAGCAAUACAGUUUACCUUCAGACAAGUGGCAAAAAAUUUUACUGUGGUUUUCAAGAAAUUAGUACCACAAGGCGCUGGGUAUUUAAUUCUAAAAACAAAGGACAAUGAUGGCGAUGUAGCUGACAGGGAGGUAGCAAAUUCAGACGCAUUUAUUGGAAUUGGGAUUCGGGUGUCAUUUACCGGAAUCGAAGCUGAGAUGAGAGAAAUGAACCAAUUAUCAGGUGGACAAAAAUCUUUGGUGGCGCUAGCCCUAAUAUUUGCUAUUCAAAAGUGCGAUCCCGCCCCAUUUUACUUAUUUGAUGAAAUAGAUCAGGCUUUGGAUGCUCAACACAGAAAAGCUGUGGCGGAUAUGAUUCACGAAUUGAGUGAUAAAGCGCAGUUUAUUACCACUACUUUCCGUCCUGAAUUAUUGGAAAAUGCCCACAAGUUCUAUGGUGUUAGGUUUAGGAACAAAGUAAGCCAUAUAGAUUGCGUUACUCGAGAACAAGCUAAAGAUUUUGUGGAAGAUGACAACACCCAUGCUUAAUUUUUUUAUUUUCGUGUGUAUUAAAUAAUAUUCUCCCAAUAACAAUAAAAUUUAUAAGGGUAUAUAUGUUUCCAAACGUGUAGUUUGUUUAUUUUUAUACCUGCCCCAUGCAAGUCGGUGGUUGAUAAAGUAAUUUUCAAACUUAAUUAAAUAGUUGUUGUAUCCACAUGUCUAUAAGUUAAGGUGACAUUUAUCAAAGUCAAGCGUUAUUUGGUAGAAAAAUAAAUCCAUACGUGAUGCAAAAAAUGAUCAAAGUAAUGGCUUUCUUGCAAUGAAACCAAAAAAAUAUCCAAUGCUUUCAAUGAAACUGAAAAUUUUACUUGCUUAGGAUAUGUCAAUGCAUUUCUUAUGCCAACGAAACGAAAAUUUUGUUUAAAUUGUUGGUAAUAACAACGCUUUGGAUGCUCAACACAGAAAAGCUGUGGCGGAUAUGAUUCACGAAUUGAGUGAUAAAGCGCAGUUUAUUACCACUACUUUCCGUCCUGAAUUAUUGGAAAAUGCCCACAAGUUCUAUGGUGUUAGGUUUAGGAACAAAGUAAGCCAUAUAGAUUGCGUUACUCGAGAACAAGCUAAAGAUUUUGUGGAAGAUGACAACACCCAUGCUUAAUUUUUUUAUUUUCGUGUGUAUUAAAUAAUAUUCUCCCAAUAACAAUAAAAUUUAUAAGGGUAUAUAUGUUUCCAAA